AUGGCUGAUGACAUGACCCUAGCACAGGCGCUGAAGAAAUCCCUCAACGCUAAAGAGUUCGACAGACCUGCUCUCAGGUACUUUUUUGAGAAAAUGGCGCAGAAGUCAGCGAUUCUGUCUGUCUACGAUAAAACUGGCCUGCUAGACUUAGCCAAGGGCCUCGUCAAGCACAAUGUACGGUUGCUUGCGUCUGGCGGAACGGCGAAGUUGAUUAGGGAGGCUGGGUUCCCUGUUGAAGAUGUAUCGGCGAUCACACAUGCGCCUGAAAUGUUGGGUGGCCGCGUCAAAACCUUGCACCCCGCCGUGCACGGUGGAAUUCUUGCGCGGAACAUCGAAUCCGAUGAACAAGAUCUGGCAGCCCAGAAGAUCGCCAAGGUUGACUACAUCGUUUGCAACCUGUACCCUUUCAAACAAACAGUGGCUCAGGUUAAUGUCACCAUCGAAGAAGCCGUCGAGGAGAUAGAUAUUGGCGGCGUUACUCUGCUGCGCGCUGCGGCGAAGAACCACUGCCGGGUCACCAUCCUCAGCGAUCCCAAAGAUUACCCAGAAUUUCUGCAGGAACUUGAAGCGGGCGAUGUCUCUGAGAAAAAGAGGAAACUAUAUGCUCUCAAGGCCUUUGAGCAUACAGCUGACUACGACGAGGCGAUCUCGGACUUCUUCCGGAAGAAGUACGCUACUGAUACGCAGUACAUCCCCCUCCGUUAUGGCGCAAAUCCACACCAGAAACCCGCGUGCGCAUUUACCAGGCAAUCCAAACUCCCCUUCAAAGUCCUGUGUGGGGCGCCAGGGUACAUCAACCUUCUCGACUCCCUGAAUGCCUGGCCACUCGUUAAGGAGCUCAAGCAGGCCCUGGGCUACCCAGCCGCAGCGAGCUUCAAGCACGUUUCUCCCGCUGGCGCCGCCAUUGGCGUCCCGUUAAAUGAGAAGGAGAAAAAAGUCUACAUGGUUGAUGAUAUCGCUGGCAUCGAUGAGUCGGGACUCGCACAGGCAUACGCCCGUGCCAGAGGUGCAGACCGCAUGUCCAGCUUCGGCGACUUGAUCGCACUAUCAGAUAUUGUCGAUGUGCCCACUGCAAAAAUCAUCUCGCGCGAAGUGUCCGACGGCGUCAUCGCGCCAGGUUACUGUCCCGAUGCCAUCGCGCUCCUCUCCAAGAAAAAAGGUGGAAAAUACCUCGUCCUCCAAAUGGACGAAACUUACAACCCGCCCACCGAAGAAACACGCACAGUCUACGGCAUCCAGCUCUCCCAACGUCACAACGACAUCCUCAUCAAACCCCACGAAUCCUUCAACAAAAUAAUAACCCCGAAAUCCAUCACAGAACUCCCUGCAAGCGCCCAGCGUGAUCUCACCGUCGCCACCAUCGCGCUGAAAUACACACAGUCCAACUCUGUUUGCUAUGCUUUGAAUGGGCAGGUUAUCGGGUUGGGGGCUGGACAGCAGAGUCGGAUCCACUGCACACGGUUGGCGGGGGAUAAGGCUGAUAAUUGGUGGAUGCGAUUUCAUGAGCGAGCACUGAAUUUGAGAUGGAAGGCUAACACGAAGAGGCCGGAGAAGAGUAAUGCGAUUGAUUUGUUGUGUUCGGGGCAGGUGCCGAGGGAUGGGGUGGAGAGGGUAGAGUUUGAGAAGGUAUUUGAGGAAGGGAGGGUGCCGGCGCCUUUUACGGCAGAGGAGAGGGAGAAGUGGUUGGCGCAGUUGGGGGAGGUGGCGGUUUCUUCGGAUGCUUUUUUCCCCUUUACGGAUAAUGUGUUCCGCGCUGCGCGUUCGGGUGCCAAGUAUAUCGCUGCUCCUACUGGGAGUCAGAAUGAUGUGCCUGUGUUUGAAACGGCGGAGAAAUUGGGAAUUGUGUUUGUGGAGCAGGGGAUUAGGUUGUUUCACCAUUGA